AGAAAUCUUCUCCACUUUUCGCAACCAUCACUUGUGGAUUAUAUGAUCUAUUUCCACACCACCAACUUCUUCUCAUCUCUUCUCAGUUCAUCACUUUCCAACGCUCUUCCAUUCUUCUUCCACUAACCCUCACCAUGGCAGCUUCUGCAGCCUCUUCCACUUUGUUCACUCCCUCUUUCUCUUCAUCCCAAACCCACCAACUUUCCCCCUGCAACAUCUCCUUCCAAGGCCUCAGACCCCUCUCCACCAAACCCAAAUCUUCCCUCCCCAAACUCUCCACUUCUUCUUCUAAAAAAUCCAACUUUGGCGCCAUCAAAGCUGAGCUCAACACUUCUCUUGUCAUCAGCCUCAGCACCGGCCUUUCCUUAUUCUUGGGGAGGUUCGUCUUCUUCAACUUCCAGAGAGAGAACGUGGCCAAGCAAGGUUUGCCUGAGCAGAAUGGAGUCUCCCACUUCGAAGCUGGAGAUACUCGUGCCAAGGAAUAUGUCAGUCUUUUGAAAUCUAAUGACCCUGUUGGCUUCAACAUCGUUGAUGUUCUUGCUUGGGGCUCCAUUGGCCAUAUUGUUGCUUACUACAUCUUGGCUACUUCUAGCAAUGGUUAUGAUCCCAAGUUCUUCUGAUUUAGUUGUUCAUCAAGUGUAACUUCUUUAUUAUUUGUAUAGUGGAAAUUACUUUGUUGUGACUGAGUUGGUUGUGGUGCUCUGUCUUCACAUUUAUGUACUCAUUUUUCUCAAUGCUUUAGUUAA